AAGAUAACUUACUUCUAUUCGCUAUUCGCGGCAACACCGUUCUCUUCAGGUACAAAGACAGAAGCUGUACCGGGACUAGACGGUGAGAGAUGUGACUGGCUGUCAGUGAGCUGUCGGUGUCCGUCCACAGCCACAGCCAGGAAGCUUUGUGAAUGGGAAAAGAGAAGAGAAGGGGAGCUUAGCACUACUCGGGUUUUCACCACACAGACAAACCGGCGCGUGGAGAAUAUACUGGAGCUUCUGAGAAGUUCGCGGCUCUUUCUGUGACAUCUGACUUUCCUGUACUUUAGCUGAAUGCGAGGGAAGCUAUCAGCCGCCGCUGUUUCAUCAACUAUCCCCCCCAACGAGUUCCCAGUCCACGGUUAUAAGGUUGCUAUGGUGAACAGCAGGGUGGAGGCGCCCACAGUGGCAGUGAUGGGCGGUGGCGGGGGGACAGGGGGCAGGUUGUGCGCAGGAUGUGGCGGUCGAAUCGCAGACCGUUUUCUGCUCUUCUCCAUGGAGCGGUACUGGCACACGCGAUGCCUCAAGUGCUCUUGCUGCCAUGCUCAGCUGGGCGAGUACAGCAGCACCUGCUACAGCAAAGGAGGCAUGAUCCUGUGUAAGAACGACUACAUCAGGCUGUUUGGACACAGUGGAGCCUGCAGUGCUUGUGGACAGUCUAUACCUGCAAGUGAGAUGGUGAUGCGAGCGCAAGGCAACGUUUACCACCUUAAGUGUUUUACCUGUGCGACCUGCAGGAACCGCCUUGUCCCCGGGGAUCGCUUUCACUACAUCAAUGGGACUAUCUUCUGUGAACAUGACCGGCCGGGAGGGGGUCUGCUCAGUGGGCACCCAACUCCCCUGCAGGCCAGCACCAUGAUGUCUGACCAGAAGGUCUGCUGAGGAAGCGGAUAAAAAACCAAAUGUGUGCCUUCUCCCCCUCCCCCUGUCUCUCCGUCACCAUCCUCCUCUACCUGUAAAUCCCAACGUGGAUUGACUAGCCUCCAGUCUGAUGGGCCGUCACUUCACAGUCUGGAUAUAGUCAAUACUGCUACAGUACUCAUUCAAUUUCAACAUCCCAACAGAAACGGGCUUCUCUUUGUAGACUGAGGAGGGAAAUCUGGGCAUGUACAGUACUCUGUUGGAGGAAUGAGGAUGCUGAGGACGGUUGGAAUUGUAUUCACACACUGUGUGAACAUAGACUGUUUGUGUCUGUUGUGAACUGUGGCAAUGUUAUUGGUAGGAACUGGCAUGGCUAAAAGGG